GAAUCAAUCAAGAAUGUUAAUACGAAAUUAUCCCAACCCUAGUCUAUCUUUCUCCCUCAAUCUCGUCCCUCUCUAUCUCUCUUCAAAGGCUUCGGCUGUUCUUCUUCAACCCCUAAAUUCUUCUUCUAAUUCCCAAUUCUAUUCUAAAUCCCUAAAUCUCAAUCAAUUCCCAAAUUCCGAAACCAAUCGAUAGAGCCCUAGAAAUAGGUUUCUAUCAUCUGGUAUCAGAGCCAGAAUGAGCUCAUCGAAGUUCUUCGAUCCAGAAUGGGUCCGUCUCAGCCAGCGGUUGCAGCAGUCUCUUGACCGCUACGAACGGGAAAAGCGGGAGAGGGCGAAGGGUGCGGCGACGGCUGAAGGCUCGACGACAGCUAAGACAGCUGCGGCUGCGGACGACAAAGAAGCAUCGGCGGAGACCUCGACUCUGGUUGCGAGCACUCGUACUGAAUCCAUGUCAAAAUUUGAAGAGCUCUCACUCAGAGAACUUACGAGGGUUUUAAAGUCGAAGUUGGAAGAGGUGACAAAGGACGAUGAGACGACUUUACCAUCGACUGCCGCAGUCCUGCAAUCCAAGGAGAUAGUCUCGCUCGCCGUAAUUUCCGAGGAGGCGAUGUUCCUUGAUGUCGUCGACCCACCAGCACUCCUCGAUAAAGACAACCGGGCGGUGGAGAUCUCCAACGAACUAUCGCAGUUUCAGGCGGCUACAACAAAGCCUUCCGUGAUUGCGACACCACUGGCGCCAUCAUCACUACCUGUUCCUCUACUCGACGCCGAUGGCGAUAACAUCAAACAGCCGCAGCUCUUGAUGAUCACCACCAAACCACCAAGGAAGAAGAGCCAUUGCUGAUGCUCGAAACCGCCAUUGCUGUUAUCACCCCACCACCAUUGUCAAAGGCCGCAGUCGUAGUCGAGGCGUUGCCAAGCAAUUCGGCGAAAGGUGAGGGGAAA